CAUACGUCAGCCGGAACCCGGAAGUGUGAGAGCAGAGAGCGGUGUCGCGGCGGUUCUGGCUGUUUUCUGGGUUUCUUUUAGCUCUAAUGGGUUCGUGUCGGACCGGACCGGGACUCUGGACCUCGGCGCCUCUGCUGGUGCUGGUCCUGGUGCUGAUGGGGCUGGUCGGACCGGUCGGUUCCGUCUCCGAACCGGGGAUCUGGACCCUGAACGUCGACAGCGAAAUUCUGAAGAAGCAGAACUUCUUCUUCUUCACUAAAACUCUGUUCAACAACAGCUUCAUUCAUCUCAAACUGAUGCCAGAGACCUGUAACUUGUCGUCACCCGUCCAGUUGAACGUGUCCUGGUAUCUGAGGAACUCGCACUGCUACAAUGAAGUCUUCAGCCUGGACACGGAGCACGCAGGAAUUUACUUCAAGUCAACGGAGGUCAAACGAGGAGGAGGAAGUGGAUAUUAUGUUUUUCAUCAAUAUCCCGCUUUCACCUGCAAGCCACACACAAAUCCCACGUUCGGCCUGGAGAAGUUUGAGAAGAAAACACGACUGACAGAAGAGCCGCAGAAACAGCCAAUCACAGAGAAGACAUCAAACAGGAGGAAGAGGAGCAAUGUGGACGCUCCACAACCAAAGGCUGCUGAGGUACAGAAGAAAGCUGAAACAGGAAGCGCUGCCGUCCGUCCUAAAGAGAUGGCUGCUGCUUCUCACUCGGUCGACGUGGUGGCUCAGAGCUGGGAGGACGGACCCUACAUGUUCAUCCUGAAUAUCAAAGAAAUCAAAGACAAGAGCCAAGCCGCCGACCCCCCCGCACCCUGGAGUCUACAGCUGCAGAUCAGCAUGAAGGGUCCUCAUCACGACUACAUAUCAGCUACUGAGUGGCCUAUGAUGGUGUUCUACAUGGUGAUGUGUAUCGUGUACGUGCUGCUGGCGGUGUUGUGGUUGGUGCUGUCGGCGUGCUACUGGAGGGAUCUGCUCAGGAUCCAGUUCUGGAUUGGAGGAGUCAUCUUCCUGGGCAUGCUGGAGAAGGCCGUCUACUACGCCGAGUUCCAGAGCAUCAGAUACGACGGCCUGUCGGUCCAGGGCGCCGUGGUGUUUGCUGAGGUGCUCUCUGCGGUGAAGAGGACUCUGGCCAGGGUGUUGGUGAUCAUCGCCAGUCUGGGAUACGGCAUCGUCAAGCCCAGGCUCGGGGCGCUGCUCCACAGAGUAGUCGGAGUCGGUCUGCUCUAUUUGAUCUUCUCCAUCGUCGAGGGCAUCCUAAGAGUCAACACUGAUCGAGGCAACAACAACAGCAGUAAAUUUUUGUGUGACAUAGUGCUGGCCUUCACUGACUCCUGUGUUGUCUGGUGGAUCUUUGUGAGUCUGGCUCAGACGAUGAAGCUGCUGAGGCUGAGGAGGAACGUGGUGAAGCUCUCUCUCUACAGACACUUCACCAACACGCUCAUCUUCGCUGUCAUAGCGUCUGUCAUCUUCAUCAUUUGGACCACCAAGACCUUCAUGAUGUCUAAAUGUCAGUCUGACUGGAGGGAGCUGUGGAUAGAUGACGCGUUCUGGCGCUUCUUGUUCUCCAUCAUCCUAUUGGUCAUCAUGUUCCUAUGGCGACCAUCAGCCAAUAACCAGAGGUAUGCCUUCAGUCCUCUGUUGGAUGAAGAGAGUGAGGAAGAGGAGAAGGAGCCCAUGAUGAACGAGGCUUUCGAGGGGAUGAAGAUGAGGGGCGUGAAAAAUGAGACCAACGGUUCGGCCAGAGCAAACAAAGUGGAUGAGGAUCUGAAAUGGGUAGAAGAGAACAUCCCUUCAUCUAUGGCGGACGUCGCCCUGCCCCCCCUGCUGGACUCUGAUGAGGAAACCUUGACGACUAAGUUUGAGAUGUCCAAGAUGGAGUAAAGCAGAAGAGGAAGGAAGGAAGGAAGGAAGGAAGGAAUGAAGGAAGGAAGGAAGGAUGGAGGGACGGACGGAGGGAACAUGGAAGUGUUUGGAAAACCACGAGUCUGGUAAACAGACGUAUAAAUGAUUGUGUCGGUGUAUACAAGGUGCAUUAAAAGAGAAGGAUGGCUGAUUAAACACGUGAGGAGGGAUAGAAGAGCUGAUGGAUGGAAGAGGGAAGGUGUCUGUAUGUGAUUUAACCCCUGACUUUAUGAGCUUUGUAAGCCUUCAUUGUACAGAACACUGGGAGUCAAAUCCAUCACAGCGGCACACAGAUUCUUUUUAUUUUUAUUGCCUGUUUGUAUUUAUAUUUCUAUACAGUAUAUUUUGACAAAUCUUGAUGCUAACGAGGUUCUCUGCUAUAAAGCGGCUUCUUUUCACCGUUCGCAAGCGGAAAUUUUGUCUCAUCGGACAUUUUGUGUGUGUUUUUUUUUUCACUGUUCUGUUGCCACGACUGUUUGUUGGGUUUUGUGGAGUUGAUACUUGUGAUUGACGAAUAUAUAAACUGCUUCUCUUACUUCUUGGAGUUGUGAGGUUUGUCAUCGCUCCGUAUUGUUUCAGCUUUGGUUCCAGUGUAAUUUGAACCAUUAAAACUGUUGACAAGUGGGA